GCGCUGCACUUUGGAUCCUUUUGAGCCACCGUAGCAAUUUGCCCCACUUGCCGCUGCACCUUCUUGGCGGCUCCUUCCCUUUUCGUCAAUGUCAACAACCACUUCGCCUUUCAACGUUUCUCAACAAUCAGUUGGUGACAACCCAAUCAUCCCUUCCACACAGCUAGCAUUAUGUCUGCAGAGUCGCCAAUCCGGCCGUCGCGCCGUGCGACGCGUCGUCCCGUGGUUGUUGAUGAAUCCGACGACGAAUUAAGCCUAAUCCACGAGGACAAAGAUGAAGAAUUCACACCUGCCCCCAGACGAAGCAGCCCACGAAAGUCGACGAGACGGCAAACAAUGGCCAGCGAGAGAGCCUCCCCAGAGAAAUCCACGCGGGCUCGGAGAACAAAGACCGGGGAUAACCUUGAGCAGUCACAAAUAUUCGAUCCUCAAGACGCUAAUCCUCCGAGCGAACCUGCGUCUCCUUCGAAGAGAGCCUCGCCACGCAAACGCCAAAGCACAGCACCUAGAAAAACUAGGAGAUCAUCAGUCGCGCCAUCCGAAACACCUCACAUGUAUGAGCAGGAGAAUGAUCUGGGCCCUAGUGAACCCGCCUCCCCAACCAAAAGUCCAUCUCCACGAAAGCGGCAGAGUAGCGUUCCCAGGAAAGGCCGCCGGUCGUCAGCCGUUCCACCAGUUCCUCCGUUGCCUACUACAGCACCGUCGAUAUCUCCCCAAAUGUCAACUCAGCCUGCGAGCGCGCCGCUGCAAGAUAUUACCGACAAAGCACUCAACGCUCAGCAGCCGCAAGUCGUGGUACAGGAACAUGAUUCGCGUCCAAUGGAGCUGGAAAAACCUAUGGACAUUGUUAUCCGCGCACGCUCGCAAGGUUUGCACCAGGUUGAAGAGAUUACGGCUCCCCCUUCCAGAAUGGUCAUUCGACAGCUGGUCAUGACCAAUUUCAAAAGUUACGCAGGCCGCCAGGUUGUCGGGCCCUUUCAUACAUCAUUCACAGCAGUCGUUGGUCCCAAUGGCUCGGGCAAGUCAAAUGUCAUUGACUCACUUCUUUUCGUGUUCGGAUUUCGAGCAAGCAAAAUGAGACAGGGCAAGAUCUCGGCGCUGAUCCACAACUCCGCUCAAUAUUCAGACCUGGAUUUUUGCGAGGUGGAAGUCCAUUUUCAACAAGUCAUCGACCUUCCGGGAGGAAAGCACGAGGUCAUCCCAGAUUCACAGCUCAUUGUAUCCCGAAAAGCGUUCAAAAACAACUCCAGCAGUUACUACCUAAACGGGAAAACCACCAACUUCACCACGGUCACCACCCUUCUCAAGGAUAAGGGAAUAGACUUGGACCACAAACGUUUCCUCAUUUUGCAAGGUGAAGUCGAAUCUAUCGCUCAAAUGAAACCGAAAGCAGCUGGUGAGCACGAUGACGGUCUGCUUGAAUAUUUAGAGGACAUCAUUGGCACAUCAAAGUACAAGACACCGAUUGAGGAAGCUGCUGUCGAGUUGGAAAGCCUCAACGAGAUCUGCAUCGAGAAGCAGGGCCGCGUCCAGCAUGUGGAGAAAGAAAAGAAUGGGUUGGAAGACAAGAAGAACAAAGCAUUAGCCUUUAUCCGGGACGAGAACGAACUCGCCGAGAAACAGUCCGCUCUCUACCAGAUCUACAUUGCAGAGUGUGAAGACAAUACAAAGGUCACCGAGGAAGCCAUCCAGCAGAUUCAGGAGCAACUGAAUGCUGAACUUGAGAAGCAUGCUGGCAGUGAAGACACGAUCAAAGAGCUUGAGAAAGCUUACACCAAAGCCGUAAAGCAGUAUGAGCGCAUCGAGAAGCAGGCGCAAGAACUCACCAAAGAACUCGCAAAAUAUGACAAGGACAACGUCAAGUUCGAGGAAAAGCGCAAGCACAUUCUUGGCAAGCAGAAAAAGGCAGAAAAGACCGCAACAACCAGCAGAUUAGCUGCCUCAGAAGCUCGCAGCCUUGUUGAAAAGCAUGUUGAUGACAUCGAGCGCAAGGGUCGCGAGUUGGUCGACCUCGAGCAAGAAAUGCAGCGUGAGGAACAGCAACUGGCGGUGAUUCGCGAUGACCUCAAAGGCAAGACCCAGGGAUUGUCCGAACAGAUUGCAGUGAAGCAAAAGUCGCUAGAGCCUUGGAAUGAGAAGAUCAAUCAGAAACAGUCGGCAAUCGCCGUGACCCAGUCUGAGUUAGACAUCCUCAAGGAAAAGGCAAACAGUGGCCAGAAAGCCAUCGACCAGGCAACUGAAAAGAUCGAACAGAUCGAGGCCACAAAGGAAGAGAAACUCGGGGAAAUUGAACAGCGAAAGCACGAACAGAAACGGUUGGACAAGGAUGUUAGAAAAAUUCAAGACGCACUUCAAAAGCUUGCCGCCAGUGAGCCCGAGGUGCGCUCUCAGAUUUCCACCGCGCGACAAAAGGCCGAAGAAGCGCGAGCGAGCCUUGCCUCGAGCCAGAAUCAAGGCAAUGUCCUCAAAGGCUUGCUACGACUGAAAGACUCCGGCCGAGUUGACGGUUUCCAUGGUCGACUCGGUAACCUAGGCACCAUCGACGAAAAAUUUGAUGUCGCAAUAUCAACAGCAUGCCCCUCUCUCGAAAACAUGGUCGUUGACAACGUCGACGUUGGUCAGCAAUGUAUCGAGUAUUUACGCAAAAACAAUCUUGGAAGAGCAAAUUUCAUCUUGCUCGACAAACUGGCGAAUCGAGACCUUUCUCCUAUUCAAACCCCGGAGAACGUUCCACGUUUGUUUGACCUGAUCCGGCCCAAGGACCCACGGUUUGCUCCGGCGUUCUACAGCGUGAUGCAAAAUACUCUCGUUGCAAAGGAUUUGGAACAGGCGAAUCGAAUUGCAUACGGAGCUAGAAGAUGGAGGGUGGUGACGCUCGACGGCCAAUUGAUCGAUGUGUCCGGGACUAUGAGUGGUGGCGGCACACGUGUCGCCCGAGGAGCAAUGUCCUCAAAAUUAGUCUCUGACACGACGAAAGAACAAGUCCAGAAACUUGAGGCAGAGCGUGACCAGUUGGAGAAGCAGUUCGACGUCUUCCAAGGAAGGCAGCGCGAACUUGAGUCCAGCCUUGAGGAAAAGCAAGCAGAGAUCCCGCGCAUCGAGACAGCCAUCCAGAAGAUCGGCCUCGAGGUUGAAAACUGCUCCAAAAAUCUUGUCGAUGCGGAAAAGCGCCUCCAAGAUCUGGUCGCUGAGCUUGCUAACACUUCGGCCGACGACACACUCAUUAAGAAGCUAGAAAACACCAUUGCUAAGCUCAAUGAGGAGCUGCGCAAGCUGCAUUCCGAGACAGCUAGUGUGGAGGCCGAGAUUCAGGCUUUGCAAGACAAGAUAAUGGAAGUUGGUGGUAUACAACUCCGAAGUCAGAAGGCCCGCGUCGAUGGUCUCAAGGAAAGAAUAGAUCUGUUGAAUGAGGAUGUUUCCACCGCCGAGGUUGCGAAGACCAAGAACGAGAAGCUGAUCGUCAAGCACGAAAAGGCAAAGCUCGAAGCCGACAAGGAGCUGGCAACGCUAGCCAAGGACUCUGAGAAGCUAGACGGCGAUCUACAAUCCCACCAGGCCAGCGCGGCUGAGGUGAGGUCAAAGGCUGAGCAGGCGCAGGAGGAGCAAGCAGGCCAGAAAGAAGAAGUUUCAGCAUUGAAGAAAGAGCUCGACUCACAAACCUCAGAUUUGAAUUCAACGAGAGCACAUGAGAUCGAGAUGCGUAAUAAGCUGGAGGAAAACCAAAAGAUGCUAGCGGACAACAACAAAAAGAGCAGGUAUUGGUCAGAAAAGUUGUCCAAAUUGACAUUACACGACAUUGCCGACCUUGAUGGUGGGGCUCCUCCGGCAGAACAAUCGGAAGAGUCCGAGCAAAAGCCCGGGAACGAAGAGAUGCCAGACGCGCCUCCAGAAGAUGACCCAGACGCCAUGGACGUUGACGAAGUCGAGCAAGACGAGGAGCAGCCUGCAAAGGAAGAGGAGCAGACCCAAAGCGGUCGGCGACAAUUGCAAAUAUUCAGUCGGGAUGAGCUCCUGGACAAGUCAAAAGACCACCUGGUGGCAUCAAUUGCCGCGCUCGAAGACAAAGUAUCUAAUGCCUCUAGCAUAGAUCUUUCAGUGAUCGCUGAAUAUCGCCGUCGAUGCGACGAAGUUGCCUCACGAACAACAGAUCUCAAGAGCGCAGUCAGGACAAGAGACACGGCCAAAACCCGACUGACGGACCUUCGCAACCUCCGCCUGACUCAGUUCAUGACGGGUUUCACAACGAUUUCUUCUCAUUUGAAGUCAAUGUAUCAACUCAUCACGCUUGGUGGUAAUGCAGAGCUGGAGUUGGUUGACAGUCUCGAUCCAUUCUCUGAAGGCAUCUUGUUCAGUGUAAUGCCUCCCAAGAAGAGUUGGAAGAACAUUGGCAAUCUGUCCGGCGGUGAAAAGACCUUGAGUUCUCUUGCCCUGGUGUUUGCUCUACAUGUGUAUCGUCCCACGCCUCUGUACGUCAUGGAUGAAAUCGACGCAGCUCUGGACUUCAGAAAUGUAUCAAUUGUUGCCGGUUACAUCAAGGAACGUACGAAGAACGCGCAAUUCAUUGUCAUCAGUCUGCGGAACAAUAUGUUUGAACUUGCGGAACGUCUCGUCGGCAUCUACAAGGUUAGUCACAUGACCAAGAGUGUGACGGUCGAGAAUCGUGAUUACUUGGCCAUGGGGAGACAAGCUCAAGCCCAGGCUGAAGCGCAAGCUCGAGCAAGGGCAUUGGCUCCACCGACAAAUCCUCCACCACCACAGUCACCCCAAUAGUGUCAGAAUGAGACGUUCGAGUCCGUGAGCCUGAGAUACCGGAAUUGAGUGGCAGAACGAUGUAUAUGAUGUCAUGUGACGUUUAUGAAGCAUGAAACGACGGCGUCGAAUGGUUUUUGCGAUUUGUCUUUGCUUUGGUUUGGCAUAGUGCCAUGGCUCUGCACAUAUAGUGCGCUGGAGUGUGCGACAAGAUUCUUGCACAUAGACUCAUUGCAAUGUGUUUGCCACGCGAGGUCCAUAGUUUUGGUUUAGCUGUAAACAUAGCUGGCUUCAACAUUAUA